AUGGAGGACUUCUUCGAGCAGCCACGGCUGGGCCGAGGCCUGGGAGACGCGCUGAAGUAUCUGCGCGCGCAGAAGGUGGAAGACGUGGAGGAAGAAGCCUACGGACGGCGGAAUGACACGGUGAUCAGAUCAUCGAAUGAGGAAAGCGGAUUUACGCUGGAACACCGCGAUAAGAACGGGCGUCUGCUCACCACGAAGGAGGCAUUCCGACAAUUCUCGUAUCAGUUCCACGGGAAAAUGCCUGGACGGCGGAACAAGGAUCGUAAGAAUAAAAAUUUCGCGAGAGGCAUGGCGAGCAAAGGUGUGCAUUGCGUUGUUUGUUUGGAAACGGGAAUUUGGAGGUUUUGA